UUCUCUCAGGAAUCCAAGCACAAUAUGGUUUUAUCUGUAGAUUGAUCUGUAAAAUUUUCUCAGAGAGAAACAUAGCAAUUACAGUUCUUGGAACAAUAGGUUUCCUGCGAUUGUGGUGGAAAAAGAUGAGGCACACUAAGAAAGUCUUUAACAUACAAUGCUCUAAGAAAUCAGGACAUUUGUUCGAGAACUAUUUUGGUAAGGAAUUUCCAGAAUAUGCUUUACAAAGCAUAGAUCAAAAGGAUUCUCCCAAACUCGAUUCUCUAAUCCUAGUUGUAUGUUACGCUUCCUCCCGACUGAAGGACGAAAUUGAUACAUCAUUAAAAAACAUUUCAUAUAAAGGAAAAAUAAUGCUGAUCAUAAUACAUUCUUGUGAACCGACUCAAAGACCAACGAAAAUUCUGGACAGGUGCUCGGACAGAAGAGUCGAUUCUUUUACAACUCUUCUGAUAUGGAACGGUGUAUUUUAUCCUUGUCCUAGGAACAAGGACGCUAAAAAGGCAAUUACUUGUUAUCUAAAGGGAAAUAAACACACUAUGAAACAAUAAUAUUGACAACUUUUCUUUAUCUCUCUGGAAGGAUAUAGAAACGUGCUUGUGAAUGUUUGAAUUGAUGUGCCCUUAAAUGCGAAACAAAAGUGACUUUGCCACUUAAUCUCACCUGAGCCGAAGGCUCAAGUAAGAUAUUGUGAUUACAUUUUGUCUGUCGCCCGUUUGUUAGCUGUUCAUCCGUCCGUCUGUACACUUUUCACAUUUUCAACUUCUUCUACAGAACCAAUGGGGCAAUUUUAACGAAACUAGAUACUAAGUCGCCUCAGGUGAUAGGAAAUUUAAA